GACCGGGGAUGACAAAGAGAAUAGGAUACCGAGACUGGAGAUGGCAGGCGCUUUGGUGGCAUCAUUUCUUUCUCUUGUGGACUACAAUAAACGGACAGACUCGUUACAGCAUCCCGGAGGAACUAAAACAGGGCUCUGUGGUAGGAAAUCUAGCCAAAGAUCUGGGUCUGGGAUUAUCAGACAUGUUUGAACGUAAACUACGUGUCGCUUCCGAGGCUGGCGAGCAGUAUUUCAGUGUGGAUACGGGGAAGGGCGAGCUUAUAGUGAAUGACAGAAUAGACAGAGAGGCUUUAUGUGGACAAAUUACGAGCUGUGUUUUACCUCUGCAAAUUGUUCUAGAAAACCCUCUCAGUUUACAUCGAAUCGAGCAAAAGCCCCCCAACAAUGACUGGCGCUUCACUCAGGGACAGAGACCCGGACCUAGUGGUCCCCACAUGCCAUACGGUACACACAUACGAUGGACGCCGAAGAGUGGGACAAGUGCAACCGGAGGACCCGAGGUUGCCAUGGGAACUGGCCCCUGGCCCCAGCCCCCAACUGAGGCUGAGCAGCUCCAGGCCCUGAUGGCUGCAGCUAACGUGAGCGAGGCUACGGCCACCCUGGGACCCGGCACCAUGGGCCUGAGCACCCGGUACAGCCCGCAGUUCACCCUGCAGCACGUGCCUGACUAUCGCCAGAACGUCUACAUCCCCGGUAGCACGGCCACCCUCACCUCAAACCCCCAGCAGCAGCAGCAGCAGCAGCAGGCCACCGCCCAGCAGGCAGCCCAGCAGGCGCUGCCCCCGGCCCAAAUGGCGGCCCAGAUGUCGGCCCAGAUGUCGGCCCAGAUGUCGGCCCAGAUGUCGCCCCAGCCCGAGCCCCCCAAGGCCGCCCAGACCCCAGCCUCCAAGAAGAAGUCCACCAAGAAGGAGAAGAAGUAGAGUUCGAUGGAGAGAGAUGGAGGAAAGAUAAACCCGGCCUGAUCUGAUGAGAAAUUCAACCCCCCGUACCCCCCCCUCCCUCCAUUAGGUAUCUUACUGCUCUGCUGUCCCUCUUGUUAGCCACGGUCUAACUAAACAGCAGCACCUUUGACCACGUGGACUUUGGAUGGAUGUUGAUGGUUCUUUGAAAGUGUCUUGAAUGUGCCGAAGGCUAUUGUUGGUGUUGAUUACCCGUGCUGUGCUAAAGGUCUAGUAUUGCUCACAUAAUCUUUGUCAGUAGAUAAUUUUGGCAGGGUAUGGGGGGGUUAUUGUGGUUUUUGUUUUUGUUUUGGCAAAUGAUCUUGGACAUAGAGAUUCAGUGUAAGUAACCUUGCUGGGAUUACAAGGCUAUACGCAGUGAUGUAUUCAGAGAUGAAAUGUUAAUGUCUUUCAUGUUGGAUUUAUUGUGCUCUUUCCCACGGCGGAAAGACGGCUAUUGUAAAGUACGCUAGUUGCCAUCCAUUAGAUUCCUAUAUAGGAUCAGCCUUGCAGGAUCUUAAAUCAUAAGUCCUGAUGAUAUAAGGCUGUUGUUUGACAGGUAUUACAAACUCUUCUGCAUGCUCUUUAAGGUUCAAACCACAUAUACUAGUUUAGAGUUGCAAACUAUGCAUUUCAAAAGCAAAGAGGAGGACAUCCUAAAUCUGUUAUCCUCCCACCAAUCGCAUGUCAAUAGAAUGCACAUGUAGCAUUUAAUUGACUCAAAACAAAAAAAAAACGUUUUGUAAUCAUAGUUUAAGAAAAAUAAGAUUUGAAUCUCCUGAUAUUUGUAUGACCAGAGCAUGCACCCACAGGACGGGCAGGGAGAGGGUGGGGCGGCAUGGUGUUGAGUCACCAGCCAUGCUGUCCUUGCUGGUAGCAGUGUGUCUUAUAUAACACCAGAUGGGCAUAAACAUGUCCUGCUGCCCUGCACCCUUUAGCCUCCCCCCUCCACACCCAGAUCCUGUCCUCCCCUCACUCACUUCCCCAUGUUGGGAGCCAAACAAAGAGAAAUGCACUGAUCGUAAUUUGAAGAUGAGAUGUAGGGGUAGUAAUCACUUCGUUCUUUUGGGAAAUGCAUAGAUGUGGUAAACUUAAGUUCUUAGGAGUCCCUGGACACUUUGCAGGAGUAUUUACCCCUCACACUCUCGAAGUGUUGAAGAAACUUCUUGAUGUGACGCAGAAAGAUUUGUUUUUCUUUGGGAGAUUUAAUAGCAUAGAGGAAUUGUUUGUUUUAUGAUAUGAAGUCUUUACUUUGCCGUCCAUCUGUCUGUCAGGCUUCUGGCCGGAUACAACUGCAUGAGAAAAAGGCAGAUUGCAGGUCAGGGGGAGUGGAGGGGAAGUGGUGAGGGUUACACAGACUCGGUGGACCCCAUUACAUCAACUGGGUGGGGGGAACAACUUGGCUCUACCCACUGAAUGUACAGAGGAACCACUGUUGAUCUGUCCUUCUCUUAAACUUUCUCUAAUGCACUGACCCAGGUAGAGGUCAACAGAGCCAAGCACAGCUGUCCCUGUUGGUGAGGAGAUACCACUCGAGAGCCCUUUUGUAAAAAAAAAACCUCAAUUAAAAUCACCGUAGCCUCUGUACCACUCACCCCUCCCCUCACCCCCUAGUCCUGCGAGGAUCUUCCCCACUGUAAAUAAACACAAGCCCUGUCGAUGGUAUGAGCCAGUUGUUUGUAUAGUAGGGACAACAUCCAACAUUUUCAAAAUAAAAGUCCCUCUCCACAAGGCGUGGCUUACUACUGGAAUGUGUUGCAUUUUGUUUUUCAAGAAAAAUAAGAAAACCAAAGUUACAAAAAAAAAAGAAUCAAUAAUGAAUAAAAAUCUGAGAUGUUCUUCAACAGUUUGUGUUGCAAUGUAGUAACUAAGCACCAUGGAAGCCAACUAACUCUUCAGUGUAAAUAAAUAAUGAAAGACAUCUUUAGAUAAGUAAACAAAGUGACACACGUAGACUAGUUAACUUGUGAUAUGUGUCGCGCAUAUUUUUGUGUUCAUUUUCUCUCUACUAUAUUUUAUCACCCUGUAAAGAAACAAACAAAACAAAAAAAAUAUGGAAAUGUUUCUAUCCUUCUGUAACCUCUUAAUGUUCUUUUGCGGUGACCUUUUCUUGUGCAUUUGUGAAAGAAUGCCUCUCAUUCUCUUUCUGUCCAUAUGAACAAAUGAGUAUAAAUAUUAUAUAUGUGUCCGUCCGCUGCUGAAUUAAUACUAUUCUAUCCUGCUGUAUUAUCUUUCUUAUCAAAUGCUUAUCCCCCACGCUAUACCCCUGUGUUACUCUCUUAUUUUUAUGCUAAUAUUUAUAUUGCUGUUUUAUUUUCUCUUGAACACUGACAUUUCAAAUAAAACGAUUCUGAAAUCAUUUAAAAAACAA